GCGACGAGAACUGGCUUGUAACGGAGUGGAGAGUUGUUAUCGAAGAACAGGGGGAAGAGACGGAGGCAGCCGCGGACCGAGGGGGUGUGUGAGCGAGUGUUUAUGAGGUCCAAACACAAGGAGCACAAAAAGGCGUGAAUGAGACAGUCAAACUGGCGGAUUUCAACAUGGCAUCCGGAGAUACUCUGUACAUUGAGACAGACGGCUCGGAGAUGCCGGCCGAGAUCGUGGAGCUGCACGAAAUAGAAGUAGAAACGAUACCGGUGGAGACUAUCGAGACCACGGUGGUCGGCGGGGAUGACGACGAUGACGACGGGCAGCCCAUGAUCGCGCUGCAACCGCUGGUCACAGACGACCCCAGCUCGAUCCACCACCAUUCGGAGGUUAUCCUGGUCCAGACCCGAGAGGAGGUGGUCGGCGGCGACGAUUCGGACCUGCACACGGACGGCGGGGGCGGAUUCGAGGAUCAGAUCCUCAUCCCGGUACCGGCUCCGGGGGUCGAGGAUGAAUACAUCGAGCAGACUUUAGUGACUGUGGCUGGGAAGAGCUCAGUGGGUCGGGUGAAGCGAGGAGGAGGCACUGGUGGAAAGAAAGCAGGCAAAAAGAGCUAUUUAAGUGGCGCCGAGGCUGGGGGGAGAAAAUGGGAACAGAAGCAGGUGCAAAUAAAGACUCUAGAGGGAGAAUUUUCUGUUACAAUGUGGGCAUCGGAUGACAAUAAAGACAUUGACCAUGAGUCAGUGGUGGAGGAGCAGAUCGUCGGGGAGAACUCUCCUCCGGAUUACUCCGAGUACAUGACGGGGAAGAAGCUGCCCCCUGGUGGCAUCCCGGGGAUCGACCUCUCAGACCCCAAACAGCUGGCUGAAUUUGCCAGAAUGAAGCCCAGAAAGGUUAAAGAAGAUGAUGCUCCUCGGACGAUAGCCUGUCCUCAUAAAGGCUGCACAAAGAUGUUCAGGGAUAACUCGGCAAUGAGGAAGCAUCUGCAUACCCACGGACCUCGUGUUCAUGUCUGCGCAGAGUGCGGCAAGGCUUUCGUCGAGAGCUCCAAGCUCAAACGCCACCAGCUCGUUCACACGGGGGAGAAACCCUUCCAGUGUACCUUUGAAGGCUGCGGGAAAAGGUUUUCUCUAGACUUCAACCUGCGCACACAUGUGAGGAUCCACACCGGGGACCGACCCUACGUGUGCCCCUUCGACGGCUGCAAUAAGAAAUUUGCCCAGUCGACCAACCUCAAGUCUCACAUUCUCACACACGCAAAAGCCAAAAACAACCAGUGAGAGCCCCUUCGUCAGCGUCCAGUUGCCCAGGCGGGGG